AUUGAUUGUUGUGGUGUACAGUUGGCAAAAAAAGAGUUUUUACCAGUUCAGAGUGUCGAAAAUUGACAAAAAAUGAAGCUUGUGCUACUUUUUGGUGUACUCUGGAUGGGAGUUUUGUGCCAUUCAGUGUUUGGUCAAAAUUGGCAAGAUUUGUCGCACAGCGGCGUCGAUAUUCAGUCCUUCAAUUUCAAUCAGCAGCCAGAUGAUUAUUACAAGCGAACAACGAGCACAACGCCCGUUCCAUCGACCACAACGAAGAAGAGCGGCGGCUUUUUCAGCGGUUUUAAGAAGAUUUUCGGGGGUGGCAAGUCAACCGAAGCUCCUGUUUCAUCGACAACUGCAGCUCCGACGAGAUCAACAACUCGCCCAACUCAAAAAACGACAGUAAAAUCGCGAAUUGAUGUUCCCGCAGCGACUUCAACGACUGCCAAACCGACAAUUUCGACGUCGACACAAAGUUCAAGUACGCGACAAGGCAUCGCAGUUACGCCCUCGAGCACGGUUGUGUCGCAACUUCCAAGUUCAACGGUAUCUACAACGACAACGACGACAACAGUGAGAUCCGUGCCAAAAUCUGUUAGUGUAACGACACCUCGUACAACGACAGCAAAAGAUGAAUGGCCUGCUUUACCGCCCGCCGGAGGAAAUUCCAAUAAUAAAAAGACCAAAGGAAGCACAACUCCGUCUGCGGUUCAAUUUUUGCCGGGAUCAACGACGCCAAGAAGCGUUUCUCGCAGUACGACGAAGAAACCAUCAUCAGGUCCUGUCACAGAUGCUGAACUAGCGACAUUAUCUGAAGCACUUUUCACUAAAGACACUAAUAACGCAUAUCGUUAUGUCACGCCAAACUAUCAGGGACGCACUCAAUCGUCAGUUGGCGAUGACGCAGCACCGGAAAAGCUUCUCACGAUCGACGAACGACACAUUUUUGCACUUCCAACAGUCGAAAAGUUCCGUGCGCUCUUCAAUAACUACGAACAAGAUGCUGCCGUGAACGAGUACAUAACGCCAAACGAGCGCAAGGAGGAAAAUGACUUCAUUGAUGCUGUGAUGGCAACUUCCGUGAUGCGACAUGCCUUGAAUUUCCUGCAACAAAAGGGCAUUUUCGGUCCCGAUCCUGCCAAACAACGCGAAGAAUUGAAAGCGAUAUGGUUCAACAUGUAUUCACGGGGCGGCGGAAAAAUCGGAAGUUCUGGAUUUGAGCAUGUCUUUGUUAGUGAAGUGAAAAAUGGCAGUUUAAGCGGGUUACAUAAUUGGUUGUACUAUUACGAUGAAGAGAAAGCAGGUCGUAUCGACUAUAAAGGGUACAUGAAGAAAUUAACGCUCGGAAAUAAAGCUGACAUCGCCAAGGUUCGAAUGUGCGUUUACGUGAAGGAUCAAAUUUGUAAACCGACAAAUUCAUUAUUUAUUGGCACGUCACCUGAGUUGGAAAUGGCUUUGUACACCGUUUGUUUCGAGCUGCGACCCGAUCAAGAGUGCCCAAUGACGUUUAAUGGCAAAACGUUCAACAUAAAAACUCAUACAUUCAGAUAUCGCGGCAAAAAUCUCAUUGGAAGUGCAUUUGUUGAGAUCUAAAAGACAGUUUUAGUCAUGAAAUAUUCAAUACUCUUAACAAAAAAUACUCGAAAUAAUAGAAAUAACGUUGCAUUUUGAAUAAUUUACUCUGAAAAUGUCUUAAAAUAAUUUUAAACCUUCAAAAAGACGUUUUAAUCAAUGAAAAAACCUGAAUAAACAUUGACAAACAUUGAA